UCAUUGCAUCAGUCAUUCACAUGGUACCGGUAAAUUGAUCAUAAAAAUACGUACAAAAUGCCUCUUUCUUGUCGGUUUUACAAGCAUGUUUAUCCAGAAAUGGACGAUGUGGUAAUGGUAAAUAUACGAAGUAUCGCUGAAAUGGGUGCUUACGUCAAUCUGUUAGAGUACAAUAAUCGAGAAGGGAUGAUAUUGUUGAGCGAAUUAUCAAGAAGACGAAUUCGUUCCAUCAAUAAGUUGGUUCGUGUAGGGCGAAAUGAAUGUGUCGUCGUUCUUCGUGUAGAUAGAGAGAAAGGUUAUAUUGAUUUGUCGAAAAGACGUGUUUCUCCUGAAGAAGUGAAGAAGUGUGAAGAGAAAUUCACAAAAGCAAAAACAGUAUACAGUAUUUUAAGACAUUGUGCUGAAAUACUGGGAUAUGAAUCAGAUGAACAACUGGAARACUUGUAUGAAAAGACAGCCUGGUUCUUUGAUCAGAAGUAUAAAACACCAGGCAGUUCAUAUGAUGCAUUUAAACUAGCUGUAACAGACCCAGCCAUUCUUGAUGAAUUAGAUAUUGAUGAAAAGACAAAAGAAACACUUUUGGCAAACAUCAAGAGAAGACUGACUCCUCAAGCUGUUAAAAUACGUGCUGAUAUUGAAGUAGCUUGUUAUGGAUAUGAGGGUAUUGAUGCCGUCAAACAGGCCUUGAGAACUGGUCUGGAUUGUUCUACUGAGGAUAUCACUAUCAAGGUGAAUUUGAUAGCAGCUCCUUUAUAUGUUAUAACAACCACUACACUUGACCAUGAAGAAGGGCUCAAGACACUUGUACAAGCUGUAGAAGCCAUCAAAACAUCCAUUAAAAACUCUGGAGGAGAGUUUACAGAGAAAGCAGCACCCAAGAUUGUUACCGAGACAGACGAGCUUGAACUCGCUAAGCAAAUGGAAAGACUCGAAAAAGAGAAUGCCGAAGUUGAUGGCGAUGAUGACAAUCCCGAUGAUGAAGAAGUAAUGGAUGAGAUUUAGAAUUAUUUAAUUCUAAAAGGACAUUUUCUUGGAAUUAGGGUCAUGCUUCGAAGAAUGAAUUCCGAGUUACUCGGACUGUCACUAACAUUGAAUGAUUAUGGACUUAAACUCGACAAGAAUUGUAGUCAUUGAUUACAAAUAGUGGGAUCUUAUCUUUAUUGGUACUUCCAUGUAACAAACGCCUGUAUCCCCCCCUCCCCGUUAUCUUCCCCCAUACAUUAUGAAACUUAAACUUUAAAAAAA